CACGACAUUACACUUGUACCUACCGCCCCCGUCCUAAUACGAUCCUCAUCUGGGCAUGUAGAGCGCGGCGGCGGCUCCCUCCCCCGUGCGUCUGAGACGCCGCCAAAAUGUCAAGCCGUCCAGCGUAUCCCAAACUCUCAACCUCGAACAACCCCUUGGGUUCCAGCGGCCCUACCGGUAACCGCGUCUCGGCACAUGCGGACAGUCCUUCUGAUGGUCCACGUCAUCAGGUUGCACCCGAUCAGAUGAGCUCAAAGAAGAGGCCUUCAGGUCCACGACCACGUGGAGAUAGCCCGCAAAAUAAGCGAAGCAGGUCAGAUCUGUUAGCUUCAAAUUCUGAUAGGUACGCUGUCCCAGAGAGUCUCGCUGUGCCAUUCAGUCCGCCUCCAUCAAGAAACAAUUCCAUUAUCGGUACAUCAGACGUACCGAUACCCACAAGACCUGCACCAAAGACUAGAGAUGGACGGCGUAUUGACCACUACAGACCUACCAGAGACUGGGAUAGUCGACGAGACUCUCUGGAUAGGAGAUCAAACAAUGGAACCUCGCGAGCUUCCAACGACACCGCGAGCCCGGUCCACCGCACCAUGUCGCCACUGUCAGUAAUGCAUGGAGACGCUGGGAAUUCUGGAAGCGGAGGCUCUACUCCCCUGCAGGUUGCGCCUCCUGCCCCGUCGAUGUUCCCAAUUUCACCGAACCCCGCCUGCGCUUCGAACGGAUCCAAAUUUUCGCUGCAGGCGCUCGCCAACAUUGUCCAAUUGGCCAAUGCUGAAACCCAUAGCGUCCGAUUGACCCAGCAGGAACCGGCCGAACCUAGCGAAUCCGGUACAAUUGCUUCAUUACGCAAGAUCAAAGCACGGAAACAAGCUAUUGCGCGUUCGGAGCUAGAUGCCAGCAAAAAGCGGGUUGGCUCUGUUCUUGCCUCUCAGUUGUUGCGAGCCGCAAAUCCGGACAAGGCUAGUGCAGAUACGGCUGGCAAGAACGAGGAUGGUCCAUCCUCAAACCAGGGUGCCAAGCUCAUCGCUCUUCAGAUUGAGGUGACUAAUCUGAAGAACGAGCGAGAAACCAUGCUGAGCCGUAUCACGCAGCUCGAGCGGUUCAAAGACCUUUCGACGGAGGUGCAGACAUGGCCAGGUCGUCUCCAGCAAUUGGAGACGGUUUCUGAGCGAAGAAAGCAGCUAGAAGCUCUGCCCGACAGAGUCACGGAGCUGCAAAACACGCUUGAUGGGCUGCAUAAAUGGAAACAAUCACAUUCAAAUCCGCUGACACCGGAGCAGCUCCAAAACAGCAUAACUGCUCUGAAGACGGAACUGCAAACUCAAAUCAAGGAAUUCGCAAAAAAGAGUAUACCUGCUGCCUCGGUUCUCGGAGACGUUAAGGACUUAGGAAAGCAGCUCGAUGACCUAAGCCAUAGCAUCAGAGAUGUUGCGUCAAAAGAGACAUCGACCUACGAUAAAAUCAAGGAAAGAAUAGAGCCGGAGGCGGAGAAACUCAAGAAGAGGGUCGACGAUAUAGAUUGGGAUCUCGAAAAACUUAUUGGUCCGCUAUAUUCCGAACACAAACGCACUGGACUCACUGUCCUGGAGAGACUCACCACUCUAUCCACUUCAGUGGGUGAUCUCGCCCAGCAGAUGAAGCAGAUCGAGACAAGCAUGCAGCAAGUCAGCAAGAACAACGAUAACCUGGGAACUAGGCUCUCUCAGGUAGAGUCGAGACUGUCGGAAGCAGAACCGUUGGCAGCGAUGGUUGAAGAACUCAAUGCCAAUGUUGGCAAAGAUGGCGUACACGACAAAAAGCUUAUCGAAUUUGACGGCCGACUCCAGCGCAUCCAGGCACUUAUCCCCGAGAUAAAUCGGAUCACGGAAAAGACUGGCGAGAAGUCACAGCUCGGCGACCUCGUGUACGCAUCAGAUCCCGAUCUCAAGAACCAAUUUGGGGACAUGGUCCAAGACAUGAACGCAAUUGGUGACGACCUUGAGCGCCUGGAGAGGAAGUUGUUCCAGUUGGAGGGCACGGUGCAGACUGUGCAGACCGAGAUACCUGAGCUGUUUAUGAGUGAGAUAGAUCCCAUUAAACUAGGCGCGCGGCAGGAUCGCCAGCGCAUGCAAGAACAAGUCGAUGCACUAAAAAGACAAUCCAUCGAACACCGAUCCCGGGUCAACACACCACAGCCAGCACUGACCGCCGCGGAACGACAGCAGCUGGUACAUUUAGCUGCUGAGUCAAAGACCUUCCAAGAGGCGAGCGCGGACAUCCAGAAGUGGCGUGGUGGCGCGGACAACAAGUUGCUUGAACUGGACGUUUUAAUUACCGGCCUGGGACAGCAGAUGGAAGCCAAGACUCAGUCAAUUCAGGCUUCAGAACGACAGAUCGAGAUCCUCCAGAAUGUUCUGCGAAGUCUGGAAGACCGCUACCAGAACAUCACAACGGAAGCUUUAUACCAGCACAUGGUGCACUGGAUUGCGGACGCCUACCCCAAUGCUCCAGGCUUUCUCAAUCAACUCGGCGCUGUACAGGCAGACAUAACUUCGCUGAGGAAGUUCAACAACGAAAUUAGAUGGGUUUCCCAGGUAGCGCAGCAACUUUACGGCCUCGCGCAGAGCUCACAACAGCUCCAACAGUUAGCACAGAAUGCCGAAUCUGUGCACAGCCUACCACAGACGCUACAGAAAGUCGAUGAUACAUGCGAACUCGCGCGACAGGCGGUCGCAAAGUCUUACGACGCCACGUCGCUGGCCACUCAAACCGAGAACAGCCUCCGGGAGAUCAAUGCCACGUUAUCAGCCUUGCAAGAAACUGCAAAUCAAUUUUCUGUUCUUCAAGUCACCCAAAACGAGCUCUCUAAAAGGCUGGACACCGAGCAGACGGCGCGUGUCGAAGGCGAUAUGACGCUUGAUCACAACAUCUCCGCCGAGAAGGAGGAGCGCAUCCACUCGAUCGCCGACAUCUCAGAUUCAAUGAUUUCGUACAACCGGGACACGCAGAGUCUGAAUGAUCGCUACAACCGGAUUGAGAAUGAGACAAAGCUGUGCAAGAACCAGAUAAGCCGGAUUGAAACCCUCGUCCAGCCCGUCAAAGAUCUCGACGUUGGCCAGAUCCAGCACUUCGCUGCUGCGUUCCCCCAGAUCCUCCAGUCCAUUUAUCAGAUCCAGACAAUCGUUGAGGCUGUCAAUAAGAACCUCCAGGGCGGUGGACUGAAGUUCAAUUGGAACGUCGAUUUCGAGAAGCUCAUAAACGGCAACGACAAGGGCAAGAAGAAGGGCUAGCUUCUCAGAGAAUGACUCCGGAUCAACGACUACCCAUCCCUCUAUAUGCUCUCGACAACAUCCUUUUCCUUUCGGCCGACGUUACCCGAUUCAAGACUUUCAGCACUUGUAAUACCUAUUUCAGCAUCUCAAGCGUUUCCCAGAGUAUGCACAAAAGUUUUUCCUGCGGAGUUUCAUACUGCAUUUCUCCCCGCAUAGAUACCCUUCAGCUUCAUCGGCUAGCUUGCCU